CUUGCCUAGAACAAGUGUGGAGUUGUUGAGGCCCGUCUAACACAGGCUGCUCUGCCCGUUCGUCUCUCUCCUGGCACCUGCGCUCAGGCAGAAGCAGAGGAAAAGCAGGGGAAAACCAAGAGGGAGGAGAAGCGAGCGAGGGGUGAUCCAUGGCGGGGAGGACGAGGUACGACAACCCUUUCGAGGAGAGCGGUGGCGACGAGGUCAACCCUUUCGCGGACAAGGCUACUAGAGAAGCACCGGCUACUCAAUCCGGUUAUUCCGGCGGUUCAUUCUAUGCAACGCAACCACGGCCUAGUCCUCCUAGCAGCACUCGCCUUUCGCCUCUUCCUCCAGAGCCAGCUGACUUCUACAACGACUUUGCCUCCCCACACACAAACAAGGACAUGAAGACAAUGGAGAAGGAGCUUCUGGCCAAGGAAGCUGAGUUAAACAGGCGAGAGAAGGAAAUUAGAAGAAGGGAAGAAGCUGCGGCACGAGCUGGCGUUGUCAUAGAAGAGAAAAAUUGGCCUCCAUUUUUCCCCAUCAUUCAUCAUGAUAUCAAAAAUGAGAUACCCGUGCAUCUUCAAAGAACACAGUAUUUCGCCUUUGCAUCACUUUUGGGAUUGAUCACGUGCCUGUUUUGGAACAUCGCCUGUGUUACUGCUGCUUGGAUUAAAGGGGAAGGUCCCAAGAUCUGGUUUCUUGCAGUCAUCUAUUUUAUUCUUGGUUGCCCAGGUGCCUACUAUCUGUGGUACCGACCACUUUACCGCGCCAUGAGGAAUGAUAGUGCUUUGAAAUUUGGAUGGUUUUUCCUGUUCUACUUGGUUCAUAUUGCUUUCUGCGUGUACGCAGCUAUUUCUCCUUCAAUUAUGUUCGUGGGAAAAUCACUAACAGGGAUUUUCCCAUCGAUCAGCUUGAUAGGGAAGAGCGUCAUUGUAGGGGUGUUCUACUUUCUUGGCUUUGCAAUGUUUUGCCUCGAGUCGUCACUAAGCAUGUGGGUCAUUCAGCGCGUGUAUCACUAUUUUCGAGGAAGUGGGAAAGAAGCACAGAUGAAGCGUGAAGCGGCACGCGCCACAGCUAGGGCAGCAUUUUGAUACUGAAAAAUGAUGCAUACAUUGUAUAUGGUUUUUACUCUCACAACUUUUAAAUUGCAUAGGCUUGUAACUUAACUGGCAUGUUGGACUUUGUUUGUCCUAUGUAGAAGUUUCUGC